CGAGGCCACCGCACCCACAAACGGCACCAGGACCACACCAACAGAGCACUUUCUCUUACGUGCUGAAGGACCCUGUGAGCUUUAUUUUUUCUUCCAUGUAAGCCUCUCAUACAUGGAUUUGGAGUACUAGAAAUGAUGUUUCUUCUUUAGGUAUUGGAGGUUUUCUAUUUAGCGAGAAGCUUGCACUGACUUUACAACACAUCCUUUUUAUAUCUGAGGAAUCAAGUUCUGUGUUUUCUCCAAAGCCAAGUUGAAACUUGAAAUUUGACACAGACAUACUUUCUGAUCAGCAUCUACACUGGAUUUGGUUCUGUCUCCAGGCAGCAGUUUUAAUACAUUUGUCUACCUUUUCUUGAGUGGGGUUAACAAUGCACACUGUGGUGGCAUUAAACCUCAUACUCCACCUGUCAGGCGCUCUUUCGCUAGCUGAUGCCAAGUACUACAGACCCUCCCAGUACAACCUCUACAAGGCGGCACCCAGACCUCAUCACUAUCAUGGAAAGCCCACCAGCAGACACAAAAACCACUGUGCCUAUGUGGUUGAGAAGACCAUGACCUUCACAAUGCAGGAUGGUGUAGCGCCCUAUGUCAAGGCUGAGUACAACAAGUGUGCCUGGGGUCACAAGUGUCCUACACUCAUGUAUCGUCUGAUGUACAAGCCUGUCUAUAAAGUUGCACAUAAGACCCUCACUGAGCUGGAAUGGCGCUGUUGUCCAGGCUACUCUGGUUAUGGAUGCUUGGAGGGACCCCCAGCCUACCUCCAUCCAAUUAAGGCGAUGCCUCCAUUUAAGGGCAGACCCAAUAAAGGAAACCCCUGGAGUAGGACUCUGGGUCACGCCCCCAUGAAAUCGUACCCAAUGCUUACCAAGGGCCCUCCCAUGAAGGGACCUCCUCCCAUGAAGUCCUACACCAUGAAAGCGAAAGGUCCUCUUCCCAGCAAGUCUUACACUUUGCAUCCCUUUGGGCCACCAAUGACCCACCCCUCCUACCCAGCAUCCUCUUUUCAGCCAUUUCCCUCUGGGCCACAGCACCAACCUGAACUAGACCACCAAGGUCCAGACCACCACCAACCUGAACUAGACCACCAAGGUCCAGACCACCACCAACCUGAACUAGACCACCAAGGUCCAGACCACCAAGGUCCAGACCACCACCAACCUGAACUAGACCACCAAGGUCCAGACCACCACCAACCUGAACUAGACCACCAAGGUCCAGACCACCAAGGUCCAGACUACCACCAACCUGAACUAGACCACCAACGUCCAGACCACCACCAACCUGAAUUAGACCACCAACAUCCAGACCACCACCAACCUGAAUUAGACCACCAAGGUCCAUACCACCACCAACCUGAAUUAGACCACCAAGGUCCAGACCACCACCAAGCUGAAUUAGACCACCGAAGACCGAAUCCCCACCAGUCUGAACUAGACCACCAAGGUCCAGACCACUACCAACCUGAAUUAGACCACCAAGUUCCAGACAACCACCAAACUGAAUUAGACCACCAAGGUCCAGACCACUACCAACCUGAAUUAGACCACCAAGGUCCAGACCACUACCAACCAGAAUUAGACCACCAAGGUCCAGACCAACACCAACCAGAAUUAGACCACCAAGGUCCAGACAACCACCAACCUGAAGUAGACCACCAAAAUCCAAUCCGCCAGCAGCUAGAACAUGUAGCACCAGAUCAGCAGCAUCAUGGGCUGGCCCACACCGAUCACCCUGACCACAGAGACCUGAAGCCUGUUUCUGGGGAAACCUCGCCCCCUGGUGUCACCCAAGAAAUGAACGGCCAGCCUCUGGACACAGUGGGAACUGAGACUACGGAGCGCCUAGACCGGAUGGAAGAGGAUGUGCGGCGGCUGUCCUUGGGUCUGGAGACUCUGAGGGGGACGGUGAACGGACUUGAGGAUGGCCUGCGUGCGUCACUACGGGAGGACGCCAACCGAAUGCUCUCCACCCUGCUGUCCACACCACCAGGCCCUAUCCCUGCCGCGGCAUCACCCGUCCACUCCACUGUGGGCUUUGCAAAUAUCCCCGGAGGGGAUCCGGAUUCAGAGGGGCUUGAUGGGAGACAGGCUUUCCAAGGGCUUGGUGAGCUGACAGGUAGGGUGGAGGAGCUCCGGGCAGAGCUACUGACCAAGGUGGCUGAGCUGGAGGAGCUAAGAAGCACAGUUGUCAGACAUGAUGGAGCCCUCAAGAAGAUGUCAGACAGUUCGGCAAGCCGGACAGGGACCUCAGUGGGACACAUUCAGAAGGAAAUGGAGGACCUGAUGGACGCCAAGCUGGGCGGGGCCCGGGCGGAGAUCCUGGGUGGGUUGGAGAAGCGCGUGGAGACUGCCGAGAGGCGCUGUGAGGAGAGUGCUGGGGAGGUGAAGCGGCAGUGCCAAUGGGAGCAGCGGGAGAGGCAGGAGCAGAUGGAGCAGGCACUGGAGGGCAGCACAACAGGACUCAAGAGGGAGCUGGGGAACUUGCAGGCUCAGAUACAGGGACAUCACCUCACAGAGGAAUGUUGUGGUGGUGUCAGUGGCCUUACUGAGCGAGUGCAUCUGCUGGAGCAGUCUCUGACAGGCCUCAACCAGUCCCAGGGGCAACUGAGGGUGGAGCUGGGAGGGCACAGGGACCAUGUAGAGGGCAUGUUAGAGGGCCGACUGGGAUAUGUUGAGGCCAAGCUCAACCUGUCUGAGAGUGGCAAGGUUAGGCCCAACAGCAGUGAGAGUGGAGACGCCCAGGGCAGCAACGCAGACGGAGGGGUGAGGGCAGGCAGCCUGGAGGCCCGUCUGGAGGGGAAGCUGAAGGUUCUGGAGGGGCGUCUGCUGACCAUGGUGGAGGAGCUGGGGAACGCUACGGCGCCCGCUCUCCUGGAGGGACACACUGUGCCUACAUUGGAGACAGAGCUGGAGACGCUCAGGAGGAGGCUGGAGCAGGACGUGGACAGGAUGCAGAAACAGUUGAGCAGUCUUGAACUCCUCUGCACCUCCUCCUCGCAGCCAAUCCUCCAGGGAGACGAAGUUCCUUUGAACAGCCGUGUGGCAGAGUGGACGGCAGGAGGGGAGGAGGUGAAGGGUCUCCUGGGCAUGCACGCUGACCGCCUGAACAGCAUAAAUGUCACCCUGCAGAGCCUCUUGACCAGAACGGAAGACCACCCUGAGGGAGAGGAUCGGAGCUCGUUGAAGGGUGAAAUCACGCUGCUGAAGCUCCACAUCCGUUCGGUGAAUCACACCCUAAAGGGCCUGAGGGAUUCCGUGUGGUCAGUGGCCCAGGAUGUGGGGCAUGCCAACAGCACCUGGCAGGAGAGAGAAGAGCGCCUGGCACAGCAGGUAAAGGGGGUGGUGCAGCUGGUGAGUCGCCAAGCCUUCAUGUUGGGGGCAGGAGAGAGGAGGCUGACCCGGCUUAAGUCGGAGCUCCAGGAGCUGAGGCGGCGGCUGGCCGGGGAAGUGCAGGGCUGCCGUUCCACCGCUCUAGGAGUCCAGAGGGAAGUGGUGGAAGUGGGGGGACGUGUGACCAGUGUAGAGGGUCAGUGUAAGGGCCUGAGUCACCUAGCCGAGGAUCUGGAGAGGAUCAGGGCAGAGCUGGAGAGGCAGUCAGAUGGUUACUUGUCCCAGGUCAACAGCACCCUCACUAAUCACACUCACCAGCUGUCUGAGCUAAGACAGGAACUUAGGAACUGUACAUCCAAAGCAGAGCCCACUCAGCAGAGCCUUUACCUCCUAGAGCCAGAACAGUUAAGAGGGGACCAGUAACCUUUCAUGUCACCUAUUACUGUGAGAGGGAGGUGGUGUUCUGUACUGAGUGAUAAUGGACUACUAUCUUGAGCCCCAGGGACAAGGGUUGGCGGGAGAGCUUGCGACGGUUGAAACAAAACUGGCAAUGUUUCAACCCCACGGCACUCCAAUGAAUUCCAGUGUUAAAUUUCAUUUGGCAAAAUGUUUACAAUUUUAAUAUGGAUUAUUCUAGAUGUGUAUGAGUAGGCCUAUGAGUUUGCAGGUAUCCAAGAUACUAGGUUUGUAUUUUGUGUGAUUGUCUUUUGUAUUUUCCAUUUUGCAUAAAACAGUUUUUUAUGAUCUGCAUUCAAGUAAUGUUUGUAUA